AGUGCUAGAAACAAAAAAAAUCGUUCCAAUUUGAAAUUGCUACAUGUAGCUGGCAGCAAGAGUUUUGCUCGUGUUGGUCAUGAUAUGGCUCAGAAACUAGGGUACUAUCCAGGAAGAGACCAAAUAUUUGUCGAAGUACAUACAGGUAAGAAAAAUGGACUUCCCGCCCCACUAGCAAUGCCACUAAUUAAGAAACUUCAAACUGAAGCUAAACUCCACCCAGAAUUGGAGGGAAAUUCUAUUGAAGAAGGCGAUCUUUAUGCACAUACUUUUGGAGAGAAGGAACCAAGAGGACGUGUCCCUAUGUUGGGUACGGGGCCAACUCCACAGAGUGUGGGCGCGCCUGGAACAAAAGCUAAAUUGCCAACAAAGCUUGCAAUGCAAAUACAUCUUCGUCGACAUGUUGAACAAGAAGUUUCAACUCUAAAGGAGAGAAUGCAAGCAAUGAACUAUGCUUCGAUGAGAUGCAGCACGCCAUGUUUUCACAAGGAAGUCACAGUGUUGAAACGCCCACACCUUCACCUCCUAAUUAUGUCUCUCGACCCGUGUUCUCACGUAUUUUACCAAAUGAUGACAAUGAGGAAGAGGAACAUGAGGGUCAUCAUGACACAGUCCAGAAAGAUGGAGGCUUGUUCAUCCAGAAGUGUAUACCAUCUAGCCAUAAUGUUGCAGCCACACAUUUACCUUCUAGAAGCCAUGUGGCCACUCCAAGCACCCGUCAGGCCUCUCAAGCCUCUCACGAUCAAGAAGACCUUGUUAGUAGGGAUGUCAUAUUAUAUCAUUUGGUGAGAUCUGAUCCUGUGGCAAAGGCAAUGGUUAUCUCAACCAACCAAGACACCAUAGUGGGAGGUGAAGUUCUUGGGCUGCAAUAUUACGAAGUUCUUGUGAAUGUUGUAUUGAAAAGAGAGGCCGAGCUUGCUCGUGGAUAUGAUGGGAUGCAAACAAUGGGUGAUGCUCACCACAUGUCCAUUGCAUGGCCAUCAAAUAGGAUCAAACCUUGCAGCAAGUCACGGUUGUCGUCAUUGCACAAUUCAGGGACAAAUGGGAGAAAGUAGCAAGUACUGAAGUUGAUCUAGGAUGUUCCGCUGAUCGCUUUUGUCCAUAACAUGGAACAUGGUCGACGCAUUUUGUACAUAUGGAAGUUGAUGUCCACUUGAUCGAAGACUGGGUAUCUUCCAUAAUAUUUUGUAGUAGUCAAAUGAUCGAACGAUUGAUCUCUUGAGAACUUGCUCAUCAUAUUUUGUAAUAGGCCAUGACAUGAAUGUCGACUUGGGUAUUUCCUUAAUGGCUGUAGCUAACUUGAGUGAAGAAAACUAGUGAAUCUUCUAUAUAUGUUGGAUGAAUGCACUGGCUGCUAUCUUGUGAUGAAUGGAAGAGUGCAUUUGGAAUCA